CAAAGAUGGCGAACGAGCUCGACAGAGUGCGAAUCUCAGCUGCGGAACUCCGAGCUGAUGCGUCGAAUUCAAUCAUUAUUACCAACUGUCAGAGAGAGGAGCAACAGCAGCACCACAAAGACAAGCAGCACAGGAAGCGUGAUGGAAAGCGCCCUGAACUGCAGCGGUAUAAGCCAACAGCUGGACAUGGACGAUGUCAGCGUGACAGCGAGGAGGGAGAAACUGGUCAGAGUGAUCCCCAGGCUACUGAUUCACAUGACCAUGAUCAACCAUCACAGAGUGAGAAAAGGCCUCUCUCUGGAAAAGCUUUAGAGAGACACGGGUGCACAGAGCGGGGCACCGACCAAAGGGAAGAAGACAGGAUGAGAGGUGAUGGUAGUAACAUUCAAAACUGUGGAAAGGGCAACCUCUCGCAAGCGAAGUCAGAAGAAAAUCAAGAGAAAGGCUUUGUUGAAAAUGACAGAGAACACCAAGAACCUGCUGGUGCUGCCAAACCGACACGGAAAGCCCGCAAACCAGAUCGAGAAUUUUAUCAACCCGGGAGCCGCAGGAGCGUCCAGGGAAAGGACUGUGCAGUUGGAAGAGAACAGGAAAAGCCUCCCCCUUGGAAGAAUAAGCAGAUAACUGAAUCAGAAUCCCAGCUGAAUACAGGGGAAAGGGAGGGGAACAAAAAGACAUCUACACAGAAGCAGGGAGGGAAAGAUAAAGAAGGUAAAGGUAUACAGGAAAGUUUAAAAUUGUCUAAAUCGAGUGAGGCAAACAGAAAGCAUCGAGAUGUGGAAAAACCUCCAUUACCUUCUGGUUCUUUGGUGGAAAAAAUUACUUGCAAAGUAGAAAAACUCAGCGUUAAAGACAAGGGUAAAGUGGGUUGUGAAGGCCAAGCUGUGAAAGAGUUGAGUGAAACACCUAAUAAGGAAAGGAGAGGCCAAGGGGGAGGGACAAAAGAAGAGGAAGAAAAGGUAGAAAAGAAAAGAGAGAAGGGAAAUCGCAGGAGAAGGGGAGUGGAGAAGGAAAAGGAGAGAAAUCAGGAUUCCAGAAGAGAAAAUGAUGCAGGUGGUGGGGGAAAGAGUGAACGAGGGAAAGCAGAGAAAGAAAGAGACAAGAGAGCAGUGGAAGCAGAUCGGGAUAACAAACCAGUUAAGACAGGAGAGACACAGCACAGCAAAGGGAGAGAGAACCGCAGAGAAAGCAGAAGAGGAGACAACAACAACUACUCCAGAGAGAAAGAUGCUAAGACCGAAGGAGAUCCAGGCAGGGCUGUAGAAAUGAAUAAAUCCAAUGCAAACAUCACAACGUCAACCUCAAAACGCUAUUCCAAAUCAGAUAUUCGGCGCUCGCGUUACCGAACUUACAGCAGCAGCUCAGCCAGCAGUGCAGCCAGUCUGGAUGGUCCAGGACUUGCGAUGGAUGUGGAGAGCACCAAGUGGCCGCGCUUGGACCCACGGCAUAAUAACAAAGAGGGAGCAGUUAACAGUGGAGAUGGACAAAGGAGACAUUUACAAAGCUGGACAACCAAUGGGGAAUCAUCUACAGAAUCACAUGAAGGAAGUGAGAUGAGUGACAUAGCAGAAGAUAGACGAAGGAGAAGAGGUGGGGAAGGAGAGAUGAGUGCAGAGAGGCGGAGGGAAGAAAGGAACAGACCAAAGGGAAACAAAGGUGGAGGUCGGGGAAUCCUCAGGGUUUCUCUAGAAAAGCAGCCGGGCACCCCGACACAUACUGCAGUGUCACAACAACGCAAGCCAGGCUUGGUUCCUCGUGGCAGAGGUGGUGGAAUCCUGGUCCUUCCAGCCCGCACAGACAUCUCUACUCCACCUGAGGUUGGACAAAGACUUCUUUUUGGUGGAAUCAGGGGAGGAGGAGCUAGCAGGACCAGAGGAGGCAGAGGAGGAGGAAUGAGACGACUCUGGGAUCCAAAUAACCCAGACCAGAAACCUGCUCUUACUGGUACCCAAUCCUCACAGCAUUCAUCCCUCCAGCAGCCUGUAUAUCUUCAGACAGGGACCGGAUAUGGACAACUUCACUUUCUCGACACAGAUGAUGAAGUUGCAGGCAGUCCUCCAGUCCCGCAGGGUGAGCACAUGCGGUCUCAGCAGGCUGCUGCCAUGGCCUACUACAAGUUUCAAAACUCUGACAACCCCUACUGCUACCCCAUGCCCACCAGCAGCCCACACAGUCCUGGCACCACCACUAGUCAACGCUACCCCUAUCCUUAUAUGGUGCCCUACCAAAUGGCUGCCCCUAAUGGUGUGUACCCAGGCCCUGGUGUGGGUCAGCUAUGUGGGAAUUACAGAGGAGCAGGUUAUUCCCAGCCUGUUGCAGGAGGUAGUUUGACAUAUGAAGAGGUGGAGCAACAGGCCAGAGGAGAGCUGGCGAGACUGCUGAGGGCUGCGGACACACAGGAGCUCCAGCUCAGUAACCUGCUGUCCCGGGACAGAGUGAGUGCUGAUGGACUGCACCGCAUGGCCCAGCUCAGAGGUGACCUGUUGGGGCUGUACGAGCAGGUAAUUCUGACAGACAUAGACUUCUCAGACUCGCAGAACGUGGAUCAGGCUUUGUGGAAGAAUGUCUUUUAUCAGGUCAUAGAGCGUUUCAGGCAGCUGCUCAAGGACCCGACCUACGACAACGCCUCUCAUAUCAGGAACAUGCUGCUCACACUGCUCGAUGAGGGGGCACAAUUCUUUGAUACGCUGCUCCAGAAGCUGCAGACUGUGUACCAGUUUAAACUGGAGGAUUACAUGGACGGCAUUGCUAUCAGGGCUCGACCAUUAAGAAAAACGGUGAAAUAUGCACUUAUCAGUGCUCAGCGCUGCAUGAUUUGUCAGGGAGAUAUCGCACGUUACCGGGAACAAGCCAGUGACACAGCCAACUACGGCAAGGCUCGCAGCUGGUACCUGAAAGCCCAGCAGAUUGCACCGAAAAAUGGGCGACCAUAUAAUCAACUGGCCCUGCUGGCAGUCUAUACAAAGCGGAAGUUGGAUGCUGUGUAUUACUACAUGCGCAGCUUGGCAGCUUCCAACCCCAUCCUGACUGCAAAGGAAAGCCUCAUGAGUUUGUUUGAGGAAGCUAAGCGCAAGACAGAGCAGCUUGAGAGAAGAAGGAGGCAGGAACACGAAGGUGGUACCAGGGGCCCGGCAGUGAGAGGGAGAGGAAGAGGGGAAGACGGUGCGCGGGUGGAGAUUUGGGUUCGCCCUAGCAGACAAGCAGCAACUCCGUCCUCUAAGAGAGAAGGCAGGGAGUCCAGCAGAGACUCUGAACAGGAUGGAGAGCUGGGAAGUCUCAGCGCUAGUGAUCUAAAUAAGAGAUUCAUUCUGAGUUUCUUGCAUGCACAUGGAAAGCUCUUCACUAAAGUGGGCAUGGAGUCCUUCCCUGGAGUUGCGAGCCGAGUUCUGCAGGAGUUCAAGACACUGCUCCAGCACGGCCCCUCACUGCUGGGCAGCACGCACAUGCUGCAGAUCAUCACCAUCAACAUGUUCACCAUACACAAUGCUCACAGCAGAGGUGGAGACGGAGACGUGCGGUCCGUGUUACAGGAGCAAAGCACGGCCCUGGGUCUGGGAAUGUUUGCACUACUGGUGCAGCGCUGCACAGAGCUCCUCAGGGACACUCCUGCAGAACCAGUCCCCAUGGCUGAUGGAGAGGAGGAGGGAAAAGGGGAGGAGCUGGAGGGUAUGGUUAGAGUCUCUGCCUUCCCAUUGGACCUCAGGGAACUGCUGCCAAGUAUCAAGGUCUGGUCUGAUUGGAUGUUGGGACAACCAGACCAUUGGAACCCACCACCGUGCAGUAUAGACUACAGCACUGAUGUCUGGCAGUGCCUGGCUGACCUGUGUAACGUGCUGGCACAUGUGGACCAUGAGGAGGUGCCGCUGUACAAAGUGGACACUGAAGAGGUGGAGGGAGAUGAGGAGCUGACCGUGCUGCAACUGAAGGAGGACCGGAUGCUCGCUGGCUUCGUGCCACUGCUGGCUGCACCACAGGAGCCCUGUUACACAGACAAACACACUGACAUGGCAAUAGCAGCAGAUUGUAAGAGAGUAACAGUGCUGAAGUACUUCCUGGAGGCUUUGUGUGGACAGGAGGAGCCUCUGUUGGCUUUUAAGGGAGGCAAAUACAUCUCUGUGGCAGCGUCUCCUCCACCAAACCACUCAGUGGAUACAAGGAACAGACAGGACUCUCUAACAGAGAAAGAGGCUGAUGAUGUCAUAGUCGAGGAAGAAUCGUCUGUGUCAGCAUCAGAGGGAGAUGAGGAUGCUGAGGAGGCGGGAGACAGCGAGAAUGACAUCAGGCAGCUCAAGGCGCGGCGUCAUGUCCUCACCAACAAACUGGCGCAGCAACAGAAGCGCAGGGAUCAAAUACAGGCGGUGCUGCAGACAAGUGGCCAGCUGGAGCUGGAAGUGAGGCCCCUCUUUUUGGUUCCUGAUACCAAUGGAUUCAUUGAUCACUUGGGAGGGCUGAUGAGACUGCUCCAGUGUAGGACAUACAUCAUAGUUGUGCCACUGAUUGUGAUUACAGAGUUAGACGGCUUAGCUAAAGGCCAGGACAACUUUGGAGGAGUAGGUAUAGGAGGACGCGGCAAUGGCGGUCGUGGCAACCAUAACGUUAGUGCGGCCCAUGUGCGGGCCGUGCAGGAGAAGGCCCGGCUUGCUGUGACUUUCCUGGAGAAAGGAUUCGAGGAUAGGGAGCCGUGCCUCCGAGCCCUGACAAGCAGAGGAAACCAGCUUGAGUCUAUUGCUUUCCGCAGUGAGGACACCUCCGGACAGCAGGGCACCAAUGAUGAUGUGAUUCUGUCCUGCUGCCUCCACUACUGCAAAGACAAGGCAAAAGACUUCAUGCCUGAUCAGAGAAAUGGGACAGUAAGGCUGCAGAGGGAGGUGGUUCUCCUAACAGAUGACCGUAACCUGCGCGUCAAAGCAUUGACCCGCAAUGUCCCCGUCCGAGACAUCCCCGCUUUCCUCAGCUGGGCUAAAGUGGGCUGAACCAGGUUCAAACUGGAACCCAAGGAACCCAACUGCUGAAGCCUGCUUGCCACUCAGCCACGAGAGAAGACACACUUAAAGCAGGAGAAGAGGAGAUAACAGGGGCGAGGGAACGAUUACGAAAGCGUAGAAACCAUUUCUUAUGAAAUACAAGUAAAUGUAAUGAGAGAAGGGUGGUUUCAAUCCGCUUUUUCCCCCUUGUGAUGAAGUGUGCGUGUGUGUGUGUGUAUGUGUUAAGAUCAGCGAGCUUCCGCGGAAAGAGACAGCAAGACUUGACAAGUCUCAGAAAGGCUGGACUGGAAGGAAGGAAGGAAGGAAAGAAAGAAAGAAAGAAAGAAUGAGGUAAAAAUUGGAUUUGUAAGUCCAGGCCUUGAGCCUCUGCACCUCGCUGGUGAGUGUUUACUCUGGAAGCAGUGUCAAAAUUUGAGGCUGAUGAUAGAAAGAGGCAAAGAGAGGAGGGAGAGUGUUCGUGAUCAUUUAAUGAUUUAAGACAGCAGUGAAUGGAGGCCUUAAAUGGCACUUCCACACUUCUCUUAGGGCCCGGUCGCAUAGACUGCUUUGGCCAGAUAAAGGUAGGCGGACAGAAGCACAGCUGGAGGGUUUUUACCCUCACAGUAAAAAGUGGCUUAUUGUAGUGAGAGGUUAUCAAGCUCUACUGGAACCUCAGCACUUCCAAGGAAUCACAUGCAGGGGUCGCAUUUUCUGCUAACCCAGAAAGUGCUUCAUGCAUGUUCGGUAACUUGGGCCGUUCCUCCUGCUUAAUGCUCAAAUUAAUUGAGGAUUGUAGGAAAAUGUUUUCAAGAAGUUAUCAACAAAAAAAAACAUUGCUUUUUUUUUUUUUAGCACGUGUAAAAAGGUUUAGUUUUCUUCUCGGUGGCAGCUUUCUGCAUUUUACAGACUCUAAUAAUAAGCAUCUGCUUAUUAAGUUUUCCCCAAAAUUUUAUGAAUACAGAUUUUCUUUUAACAGAUCUGGGUGCAAAUGUAUUUGAAAAUGUGUGUUUCUGUUUUUGAGCAGUGUAACAAAUAAGGUUACUUAGUUGAUGAGUUUUAAGUUCCAGAAACUUCCAGAAAAGAAAAUUGACCAUUUUUCAAGGAUUUAACCCUCUGGAAAUUCCUGCCAACACGAAACAAAAAUUAGCAAGUUGUGUUUGACCCAGGUCUUCUUUAUACACCCGGUGUUUGGAGAAGGUUUGGCCUUUGACUUUGAUUUGCAGAUGCUUUAUUAACACGUACAAUUAGUAAUCAUUUAGCUUAAUUUUCUAUUCAUCUUUACACUGAAGUCUUUUUGUGCUUUUCAGUUCAUACCACCACAGCAGUUUAUCUUUCCAUAAAAUGUUUUGAAUCACUGAUAUCAGUUUUUCUCUUCAGUGUGCUUUUUUUUUCAUGAUCAUAUACUCACUUUUUCUUUGGUUGAAAUAGGAUACAUGAGGUAUACUGCCCCAAAUUACAGCCUGUAAACAUAAGUUCAAGCAACAAGGAUAAGCUGUUUGUGUUUUUGCUCACCCUGCAUUGCUUUGGGAGACAGUUUCUUGAGAUUCUGAGUUAUAGUGUAUGUUUUUGUGUGCAUUUCAGACAGAGUCUGGGUGCUUACACCUGUUUUCUUGCUAUUUUGCAUCUUACACAAUUCAUCAUCCACAGUGUGAUUAUAUGGUUAUAGAAUAAGUCUGUAGAGGUAGCUAUCCUGCUUCGUAUUCGUCCUGCUUGUAUAACUUCUAUCAGCCGUUGAUGUUUCAGUAUUUGUGAGAACUUGUUGACCGGUUUAUUUGUUCUGGUGCCUCUGCAAUGUUCAGUACAAUCUGCUGUGUUCAGUGGAUCUGCUGCAGUGUUGGAGCAAGUCUAGUAAAUACAGUCAAUUUAACACAU